AUGAAAAACCACGACGCUCCAUUCAUCAAGAGCCCUUACUUGGACUAUGAUAACUUGGAAGGUAACAAGAGAGCUUAUGGAGCCGAAGGCCACCAAGAGGCUAAGGUCGGUCUCGGUGGUGGUGGUGGAGCCACCGAUGCUGCCACUCCCUUAGGCGGCGUUGGCCGUGGCGGAGGCGCUGCAUCGUCGGAUCUUUCCUCCACGGGUGCUAUUAAUCGUCAGGGAGUUCCGUGA